AUGACCAAGGCAGCCUCACCGUGGGCGUUGCCGGCGACCGUGCAGGGCAAGGCGGCGAGUGUGUGUAUAGCCGACCGCGCACUGGAGGUAGUCGUCGACAAGAGUACGUGGCUGCAUAUCCCUAUCGAGCUCGUUCUUGAUGUGACAUGGACUUCGCCCACUCUGUCCAUCGCCGUGGUGGCACCGCGCCGCCACUUGUGUCACGCUCCACGCGUUCUCUCUCGCACACAGUGGACUGAGCGGCACAAGAAUGCUGCAGAGCUCGAGCCUUUCACGUUUGAGGCGCAGCAUGUCGAUGGCGAAGGCGCUGAGUGGGCUGCUCACGUCAUGCAGCUGGCGUAUCACCGAACGCGACCCCAGCGACGAGUCCUCAUUAUCUGCAACCCGUUUGGCGGCAAGGGACACGCGAAAAAAAUGCUCGAUGAUGUCGUCAAGCCUACAUUCAACGCGGCGCGAUGCACGAUACACGUCGUCGAGACCAAAAAACGCGGUGAUGCGUACCGCUCUUGCGAGUCGCUUGACGUGUCGCAGUACGAUGCGCUUGCGUGUGUGGGUGGCGAUGGCACUCUGCAUGAGAGCCUGAAUGGUCUUGCGUGCCGUACAGAUGCAGCCCAUGCGCUCACGCUCCCUGUCGUGCCGGUGCCGGCCGGCAGCGGAAAUGGCCUGUUUGUGAGUCUGCAUGGCACGGCCGUCGGCUUCUCUGCCGUGCAUGCCUGCCUAAGUGCGAUUAAGGGUGUGCCGUAUACACACGAGCUCAUGACUGUUACGCAACCGCAAGAUGCCUUUACGUCCGCCUACUCCUGUCCCUACACGCUGCAUGGCGUCGGUCCCGACGGACGCUCCUACGUCCAGUACUACUCGUUCAUGUCACAAGCGAUCGGCAUUAUUGCCGAUAUCGAUAUCGGAACCGAGUCAUGGCGCUUCAUGGGUGACGCCCGCUUCGAACUCGGCUACGUCUUGUCCGUGCUGCGGAACAGGCCAUGCCCCAUCACCGUCGAAGUAUGCUUCGGUCCGUCAGGCACGGCUAGCCGAGCUGAUAUGUAUCAUGCCGCGAAGAAGACGCCCGAGCGCAUUCAAGAAUCGCCACUACCUGUCGAAGACGCACACCAACUGCUGCGCGGAAGUGUGCUCGAUCCGCUGCCGACCGCCGACGUGCCGCUGCGCCUGAGCGAGAGCGCUCGGCCACCCACCGAUGAUACCUGGACGCGCCUCGAUGUGUCCGUCUCGAGCGUCUAUGCCGGCAAGGUGCCGUUUGUGUCACGCGGCCUCAUGGCAUUCCCAUACACCUGCCCAAGCGAUGGCCUAAUGGACGUGCUCAUCCAGGACCAACGCACCUCCGCUCUACAGAAGAUCUCUGCAACGCUGCAUGGCGAGUCGGGUGAUCAUAUUUUUGACCGCGGCAUGCACUACAUCAAAGUCCACGCAUUACGUAUCACGCCGCACCCCAACACGCCGCGGCGGUUCCUGAGCGUCGAUGGCGAAAUGGUCCCGUAUGCGCCAAUCCAGGUCGAGGUGUCGCCACUGCGCAUCACGCUCCUCACCCUCAGCGACGACGAAUGGUCCGCACCGAGUAUCCGCGCACACACGAUCCAAGCACAUGCGAGUCGCUAUCCUUAA